AUGGGGGAGCGGCGGUGCGAGCGCCGUCCCGAGGCGCGGCCGUGCCCGCUUUUUACCUGUGAAACCGCCCCGCCUGGGCGGAGGGGCGGCGGGCUGGGGCCGUCGCGGGGAGCCGGGGAGCAGCGGCCCCCGCCGAGGAGGGGAAAGUGUUACUCAUCGCCGGGAGCCCCCGGGCGUGUUUGCCCCGUGACGCGCGGGCAGGGGAGCAGAGCCCGCGGCGCUCCCGGCUCGGGGCUUCCCGUGCCCGCCGCUGACCUUCGGAGCGCCGCGGCGGUCCCGAGGUCUCUGCCCCGGCCUGGUGGCCCCGGGCUCUUCCCUCGGGAUAGGCAGGAGGUGUUUCCACUCCCCUCUCGGCGAGCUGCGAGCAGGCAGGGAAUGCUCGCACUUUAUAAAUACACAGCAGACGUCUCUGCCUCAAGGUUCUCUGAAGAUUCGCUCCUGGUGCUGCAGUAUCCUCAUUUCCUCGCUCAGGAAAAAGUAGUCCUGAGUGCUUUGUCUCUGAGCAGCGCAGCUUUGUGGGAACCUACAAAAUGGGAGGUAGUGCCAGAGCCCUGCCAGGCUGCCGAGGAGGAAAUACGGGAAAGACUUUUUCUGGCUUUAAGAGGGCAUUCCAAAGUGAAAAAGCAAUGCCAAAAUGGAAGACAAAAGAUAGGUAUGGUACACCGGAAAUGCUUUAUGGACCUUGAGUUUAUUUAUUCAGUUAAAAAAUAUGCAUAGAUCUUUCUAAAAGAUACAUCAGCACCCUAGAAAAACAAGUUAUUUUAGUACAGGAUAAAACCACAAUGACACUCUGCCCAAAGACUUGAAGCUUCCUCUUACCAGUUCAUUGUGCAAUAAAAAUAUGUUUCUGCUUUUGCAUGUGCAGACAUCAAUAAGUGAAACUGUUUGAAAACUUUGUGUGAUUGAAGUGGAACUGCCGGUGAGCUAUCUUAGUGUUUUUGUCUCUGUGCGCAGCUGUGUUUGUGUGGUACCUGGUUUUGUAUGUUGUUUUUGUCUCCAGUGCCCUGCUGCUGUCUCAGAC